UUAACAUAAUAAGUAUUUUUUUUAGUUGUUGCACCGGACUUAAACACGUAGAAGUACACUAGAUCUACCCCCCUCUCUCUCUCUCUCUCUCUCUCUCUCUCCGUCGUUUCAAAGUGCAAAAACAUACAUGGAAAAGAAACUUCUUCACUGAUCGAAACAAACUUCAACAAAAUAUCUGAGCACGUUCAGGUCUCCGUUCCCCAAAACACAUUACACACCAACAACCACACACUAGUCCACCAUUGUUUUUUGAUCUGCCUCAAUCACUGAUUCUUAUUCCUCAUUCUUGUCAACCCCAAAAUGAGCCAUUUUGUUUCCAAUAUUACUAUAUUACCAUAAAACAUAAAAAAAAAACAAAAAAAAAAACAAAAAACAAAAAACACUAUGAGAGCUUGCAUUCUCUGCAAUUCCUUCCAAAACCCAUGUUUUGAAUUUCUCUCUUAUCUCCUUUUAUGUGCUGUAAUUUUCUGCUUCCUUCAGCCCAAACUUUGUUCCUCACAAACUGCUACUCCACCUGCUCUCGUUUUACCCCUGAAAACUCAGGAAAUUCCAUCUGGGUCCCUUCCUAGAUCCCCAAACAAGCUUCGGUUCCAUCAGAAUGUCAGCCUCACUGUCUCUCUCACCGUUGGUAAUCCUCCACAGAAUGUUUCCAUGGUCAUUGAUACUGGAAGCGAGCUCUCAUGGCUUCACUGCAACAAAACCCAGAACUUCUCUUCCAUUUUCGACCCGACCCGAUCUUCUUCCUACUCGGCCAUUCCUUGUUCUUCUCCCACCUGCACGAAUCGGACCCAGGACUUCUCCAUACCCGCUUCUUGCGACCCGAAUAAUCUCUGCCACGCCAUUCUUUCCUACGCCGAUGCUUCCUCUUCUGAAGGAAAUCUUGCCUCCGAUACUUUCAAUCUCGGCACCUCCGAUAUUCCCGGUUUGGUAUUCGGAUGCAUGGACUCCGUUUUCAGCUCCAACUCCGAUGAAGACUCGAAGAAUACCGGGUUAAUGGGUAUGAACCGUGGGUCUCUUUCCUUCGUUUCGCAAAUGGAGUUCCCAAAAUUCUCGUACUGCAUAUCGGGGCACGAUUUCUCGGGCCUAUUGCUGCUCGGUGACACCAAUUUCUCAUCCAUCUCGCCGUUAAAUUACACACCGUUGAUUCAAAUACCCACUCCGUUACCUUACUUCGACCGGGUCGCCUAUACGGUCCAGCUUGAAGGGAUUAAGGUUUCGGAAAAAUUGCUUCCGAUACCGAAAUCCGUAUUCGAACCGGACCAUACCGGAGCCGGGCAGACCAUGGUCGACUCGGGAACUCAGUUCACGUUCCUACUCGGCCCGGCUUAUACGGCGUUGAGGAACGAGUUCUUGAACCAAACGACCGGCGUUUUGAGUGUGUUGGACGACCCAAGCUUCAUUUUCCAAGGGGCAAUGGAUCUGUGCUACCGGGUCCCACUGACCCGAACGACACUGCCCCGAUUACCCACCGUGAGUCUGCUGUUUCAGGGGGCUGAAAUGACCGUGUCGGGUGAAAGUAUACUGUAUCGGGUUCCGGGUCAAGUAGUGGGGAAUGAUUCGGUGUAUUGCUUUACGUUUGGGAACUCUGAUUUGUUGGGGGUGGAAGCGUACGUGAUUGGUCACCACCAUCAGCAGAACAUGUGGAUGGAGUUUGAUCUACAAAGAUCUAGGAUCGGAUUGGCUCAGGUACAGUGUGAUUUGGAGAGUCAGAGAUAUGGUCUGCGUGUGUAGUAGACCCCACCAUCCAUUAUCUGGUUGGUUGUGAUUGGGUCGUCUGAUUGUACGACUUUCUUUAUUCAAUGUUUUGUAGAUUCUGGACACGACUUUGAUUUGCAAAUCGAUGAGAUAUAUUGGUGGAGAUCUGAUUUUCUCUUCCGCUUUUGUACAUCGGAUUUUUAAUAUUCAUGAAUAAAAUUUAUUUGUGGCGAAUUAAACCAAGUUUAAAAUUUC